UAAAACAUCGAAACCAAUGGCAUAUAAGACCGUCUUUAUUUGAUAGAAUUAUGAAAAAAUUCCAAGAAUGCUCGAAUCACUUGUAGCAGGAAUUUUAAAAAAAUUUCUUGGAUCCUAUGUAGAAAAUUUUGAUCCUAAACAAUUAAAUAUUGGUAUAUGGAAAGGAGAUGUUAAACUUAAAGACCUUAAACUUAAAAGAGAGGCUCUAAGUAUAUUUAAACUUCCUAUAAAUAUUUUUGAAGGCUUUCUUGGAGAAUUAAUUUUACAAAUACCUUGGUCCAAUUUAAAAAAUAAACCUGUAAAAGUUAUCAUUGAAAACGUAUUUUUACUUGCAUUUCCUAAAGAUAACCAAGAAUAUAGCCAAGAAGAAGAAGAUCAAAGAAUUCAAAAUCUUAAAAAAGAAAAACUAGAAAGAGCAGAACUUCUUGAUCAACGUGUAUCACGUAAUGAUACUCAGAAAAAUCAAUCAUUUGUAAACAGUCUUAUUACAAAGAUUGUUGAUAAUCUCCAAAUUAUUAUUAAAAAUAUACAUAUCCGUUAUGAGGACAACAUAAGUGAUCCAGAACAUCCUUUUUCUAUAGGAAUUACACUUUCCGGAUUUUCUGCUAUAUCUACAAAUGAUAAAUGGGAGCCCAUUUUUAUACAAAAUAACGUAGAUUUUAUACAUAAAUUAGUUACACUUGAUUUUUUGACCAUAUACUGGAAUGUAGAUUCUUAUUCUUUUUCUAAAAAAUCAUCCAGUGAAUUAUUAAAAUGUUUUAAAGACCUAAUUGUUAGAAACUGUCAUACUCCAAAUCAUCAAUUAAUAUUAAAACCUAUUAGCGGAACAGGCCAUAUUACUCUAAACAAAAACAAUGUUGAUGGUUUUUCUAAAACAAAUAUAAAACUUAUUUUUGAAGAAUUAAGUUUUGUAUUUGAUAAUUAUCAGUAUAGAAGCGCUCUUAUGAUGGUCGAUCUUUUUCAUUUUUUUAUUCGUCAACAAAAAUACCAUCGCUUUCGUCCAACAGGAGAUGCUUCUAAAUCUAUUAAAAAUAAUCCAAGACUUUGGUUACAAUUUGCAGCAAAUUCUAUUUUAUAUGAAAUACAUGAAAAAAAUUCCAAAUGUACAUGGGCUUAUUUAAAGAAAAGAAGAGAUCAACGUUUAAAAUACGUUGAUCUUUUUAAAAAAAAAUUACUCGAAAAAAUUGAUAUAAUAGAAAAUGAAGAACUUCAGCAGCUAGAAUACUUGCUUUCAUAUGAAGAUAUUCGUUUUUAUAGAUCUUUAGCAAAAAGCAAACUAAAAAAAGAAAAGGCUCUAUCUCCGAAAAAUAAUUCUCAACAAUCACAAAGCUGGCUAUCAUGGUUAUGGAGUAGCUCUCAAAAUAUAGAUGACCAAAAUAAAAAUGAUUUAAUUAUGACAGAUGAACAACGAAAAGAACUUUAUGACACAAUAGAUUGGGAUGAAAAGAAAGGCAUUUCUGAAGAAUUAAAUAAUUCUGUCGAAUCUAUCAAUUUAAAAUUUUCUUUAAGUCUUAAAACAGGAAGUUUUACACUUACAGAAAAAACAAAUAAAACAAAUAUAAAACAGAAAGAUAUAAUAUCAUUCUUUUUCAAUAAUUUUAACUCAAGCAUUGUUCAACGUUCAACUUCAUUUGCAUUUGAAUUUGAGCUCGGUGAAUUAAGUGUUUAUGAUGGGACUACAGAAGACAGUGUAUAUCCUCAAAUAGUUAAAGUUAAUAUUAACAAAAAAAAAAUAUAUGAAUUUCCUGAUCUAGAUUAUAUGCAAGAGAAACCAGAUUUAGAAAAAAAAACAUUAAUUUAUGAUGAUUUAUCUCCAUUUUUUUACUUUAAAUUCGAAAAAAACCCUCCUAAUAAUGACGCAGAUACAUCUGUAAUGGCAAAGCUAAAAUCCAUGGAAGUGAUUUAUAACCCUCACUGUCUAACAGCGGUUUCAAAAUUUUUUGAACCGCCUAAAAGUCAAAUGGUAAGUAUAGAAGUUUUAAUGGAAGCAGCGAGCGCCACAGUUGAAGGAAUCAGGAAUCAGACAAGAGCUGGUCUAGAAUUUGCAUUAGAAGAACACAAAACUAUUUCAGCUAAACUUGAUCUUCAAACUCCUUUAAUUAUAAUCCCUCAAAGUUAUAUAAAAGUUGAUUGUAGUUGCAUAAUAUUAGAUGCAGGUCAUAUUAGUCUUGAAAGUAACUUAGUAGAAAAGGAAAAAAUUCGGGAAAUACAAUCGAAACACAAUAAAGCAUAUAGCGAAGAAGACUAUUCAAAUCUAAAGUCUCUAAUGUAUGAUAAGUUUUCUCUUAAGUUUGAAUCUAUUCAAUUACUAAUUGGACCAUCUGUCGAUGAUGCUCUGAAUGAGCUUAGGAGAAAAAAUAAUGGCAAAAAUUUUAAAAUCAUCGAUAAAACAGAUAUGUUUUUCCUACUCGAAAUUUCCAUAUUACCUAAAGCUUCCAAUUUAACUAAAUUUAAAAUAUCAGGUCAUCUUCCUCUUUUACACACGUCUAUAUCAGAUAAAAAGUACAAAAUUUUAAUGAAAAUUAUUAAUAAUGCAAUUCCAUCUUCUAAAAAAGAAACUGAUCAUAAAGAAAUCAAAAAGAGAAAAUCUCAAAAAAAACUUUCUAAUUUGUCUAAAUCCAAUAUUCAUAAAUCUAUUUCUUUUAGUUUUUCUCAUCAAGAAGAUCUAAUUAUUAAAGAUGAAUCUGAUUUUUCUGAUGACAAAGAAGCAGAAAAAUAUGAAGAUGCAGUGUCCGAUCAGGAAUCCACUGCUUUUCAACAAAAAAUAUUUGAAUUAAAUUUCAUGGUAAAUAAACUACAAAUAUCAUUAUAUAAAGCAGAUAUUCAAAAAAAAAAUCAAGAUCAAUUACUUGUAGAUAUCGUUUUAGAACAUUUUUCCUUACUUUUUUCAGCAACAUCAUAUAAUAUUACUACAGAAAUGAUUUUGAAAAGAUUUUUUAUUGAAGAUAAAAUAGAGACCAAUUCACCUAUUGAAUUCAAAUAUUUAAUAUCAUCGGAUGAUAUUAUAAAAGAAAAUAACAAAACUGCAGACCUCAUUCAUAUAAAGUAUACUAAAGCAAAAACUCAAUCAUCAGAAUUUAUAUCUAUUUAUUAUGAUAUCGAACAAAAUAUAGAUGUGUCUUUAUCUGCUAUUACAUUUGUAAUAACAAGAAAGACAAUUCUUACACUCUUUGAUUUUAUUAUUACCACUUUUACCACAUCAAAUGAUCAAAAUUAUCAUAAAAAUUCUCUUGAAAAAAAUAUAAUAGUCAAAGAUAACCAGGAACAUACAAUUUUAUCCAACAAAAUAUCUAUGAAAGUUGGGCUCACAAAGAUAGUAUUUAUUUUCAAUGAUGAUGGAAUACGACUACCAACUCUUAUAUUAAGCAAAACAGAUAUCAACAUUUUUUUAACACAAAAAACUAUGUGCCUUAACAUAAAACUUGGAAAUUUAUCAUUAUUGAACGAUUUUAAUGUCGACUCAGAAUCAAAUAUUAAAGAACUUAUUAGUAUUGAAGGAGAAGAGCUAGCAGACUUUCGCUAUGAAUUAUAUGACUCUUCAAACGAAGCAAUAUAUCCAGGAUAUGACACUUUAAUUUAUCUAAGUUUAGGAUCAGUAAAAAUUAAUUUUUUAAAAAAGCCUUUCAAAAAAAUUUUAGAAUUUGGAGCUAAAUUUGCUCAAAUGAAAACACUUUAUAAUUCUGCACGAGAAGUAGCUAUAAAUCAAGCUUCACAAAUCCAGGAUUCUGUCAAUAAAAUACAUUUUAAUAUUUUAAUUAGAACACCUAUCCUAAUUUUUCCUGAAGUAAAAAAAUUAAAAAAUAAAGAAAAUAAUAUUAUUGUAGCCAAUCUUGGAGAAAUUUAUGCAUCAAAUAGUUUUGAAACAUUAAAAGAAAAUUCAUCUAUUUUUUCUCUGAAUAAGAUUUCAGCAGGAAUUAGAGAUAUUAGUUUAUAUUCACGUUUUCAAUAUGAAUGCAACAAAAUAGAAGAAUUAGAAAUGCUUGACGGAAUAGAUAUUGAUUUUACUGUAGAGUAUGUUGAACAUACUCUCAAUUCUAAAAGACCAGAUAUCAGAAUAAUUGGCUCUAUGGCAGACUUAAAUUUUAAAUUAACAGAUAGACAGUAUUAUUCUUUAAUCAAAUUGAGUCAAGAAAUCACCGAGGUAUUUUCAAAUUAUAGUGAAAAGGACUCAGGCAUCUUAAAUAAAUCAAUAGAAAUUGACAAUAGAAAUCAAGAAGCAUAUAAAUCUAAAAUUACAGAAACAGAUUUUUCAAAAGAAAUUAAUUACAAAAACAAUUCAUACCAAGAGCUAUGGAUUAAACUGGAUCUAAAAUUCAAUAUUAGAAUAAUAUGUUUAGAAAUAUUUUCAAAUAACUUAUUGCCCAUAGAAAAUCUUUCUAAUCAUUCUUUAGCAAAAUUUUCUUUAAAUACAACAAUUAUUAAAACUCGUAUUUUUUCAAAUUCUUCUUUAGAAUCUGAAUUACAGAUAAAGUCAUUUGUUCUUGAAAAUACUAAGUUCAACAAAUCCAAUAAAUUUCGAGAAGCAAUAUCUGCUAUAAAACAUGAUGGAUACCAAUUUAUGGCUAGUCUUAAUAUAUCAGGAAAAACAGAUAAAAAUAUUAUUACAAUGCUUACUAUUGAUAGUCCUAAAUUUAUCUUUACACUAGAUCAUAUUUUCGAAUUGAAAAAAUUUGCUACAAUAGAAUUAGAACCUGAAACAUCUAUCAAACAAAAUAUUAAUGAUAACUACAGAGAUGAGAAUCUAGAAGGUAUAUCAAAAUCUAUUAAAAAAAAAGAGACACAAAAUCCAGAAAAAAUAUCAACAAAAAUAAAAAAACCAUCCACUAAUAUGUUUUAUCAAAUAAAUAUUGUCGAUGCAAAUAUAAUUUUACUUGAAAAUCUAGAAUUGCAUUCAUCAGAAGCUGUAGUAUUAACUACAAAACAAAUUCUAAUAUCACAGCAAGAUAUUACAACUUUAUCUAUUAAUCAGAUAGGAAUGUUUCUUUGUAAAAUGGAUAACUUUGAAGAAAACAAAAUAAGAAUAUUGGAUGAUUUCACAAUAGCUUUUACUAUGGAGUUUAAAGUUUUAAAUGAAACACAAGAUCUGACAAAUAUAAUUAUUGAAAUAGAUCCUUUAAUUCUUAGAUUAUCUCUUAGAGAUAUUAUGCUGAUAUUAAAUAUUAUAACUAAAGUAUUUGAGUCUCCUGGGUCAAACAAGAAUACAGUAACAGAUAACAAACUCAAUAAAAUAAAAAACAAUAUAUCUAUAGAAAAAACAGAUUUUAAUAAAAAUACAUAUUCUUUAAAAUCAAAAAGACUAUCAGAUAAAACAAUUUCUAAUCCAGAGAAUAACGCUAAUAAAGAAUCUAUUAUUACAGCCAAAGAGGAAUUAAAAGCCAAUAUACAGGGUUUGAGGCUUAUAUUAAUCGGAUGCCAUCAUGACCUACCCACUAUUGAUAUUUCAAUAAAUAAAUUCAUAAUAUAUUCUAAUGACUGGUCAUCAGAGUUAAAUAUUAACACUAAUUUAAAUUUAUUCAUAAAUUCAUACAAUUUCUCAAAUUCCCAUUGGGAACCUCUCAUUGAACCCUGGCAAUUUGAAAUACAUGCAGUAAAAUCGAUACAUCCAGAAAAGUUAUUAAUUACUUUAUCCUCAUAUAAAAGGUUAGAAAUCAUUAUAACACCGAAUAUCAUUACAACAAUAAUGGAAAUGUUACAAUUUAUAAAUCAAACACAAGAGAAUAUCUUGUCUAAAUAUCAAACAUUUGAAGCCCCUUAUAGAAUACAAAAUAAAACUGGUUAUUCUAUAAACUUAUGGUCAAAUUCUUCUAAAGAUUUGAAUUCCAGGAAAAAAACAUAUAAUCUGAAAGAUGGAGAUACGAUUCCAUGGAAAUUCGAAGACUGGAGACAAAUGAGAAGCAAUAUUUCAGAUAAAAAUCAAAAAUAUUUCAUUGGAAUUCAUUUAGAAAAUACAGAAUGGAACCCAAUAGAAGACAUUUCUAUUAAUUACGAAGGCGAAACAUUAUAUUCUCUUGAACCAAAAAAAGAUGUUCUACAUAAGCUUUUAGUUAAAACUAUUCUCGGCCCCGAUAACAUAAAAUAUAUAACUUUAAAAUCAACUCUAACCUUAGAAAACCAAACACAGAUACCUAUUGAAGUAGUAAUCAUUAAUAAUCAAGGGCAACAUUCAGAAAUAUAUAAAAUUGCACCAGGUAACGAAUUUCCAAUACCCAUAGAAUCUGCAUAUUAUUAUGCAUUAAAAAUUCGGCCUGAUCCCUAUCUAGAAUAUUCGUGGUCAUCAAAUAUUAUAGAAUGGAAAAAAUUAUUAGAAUAUCCGUCAUCCAUAAUUUCAUGUGAAUCUCUUCAGAAAAAAGACAAUUUGUUUAACUUUCAAAUCCAUGCUCGAUAUGAUAAAUUAAAUCCUUUAGUAAAGGUGUACCCAUAUAUGAAUAUUAAAAUAAAUCCUCUAAUUAUAAUUCAAAAUCUUCUUCCAUAUGAUUUAAAUUAUAAAAUUUUUGAUAAAAAUACAAAAUCUACAUGGGGAAGCUUUCUAAAAAAAAAAGAAUCUAGUUUUAUCCACACAAUAAAUUUAUCUCAUAUUUUACUUAUGGGAAUUCAUAUUCAAAACACAGUCUAUAAACCUAGCACUUUUUCUAUUAUCAGUACUCCUAAUCCUGAUAAAAUUCGAAAAGAAACAAAAAUAGUUGUAACAGACAAAGACAAUUUAAAACUUUAUCUUUAUUUACAUUAUUACGAAAUUCCUGAUAGUGGAAAAAUAUUUCGUAUUGCAAUUUAUUGUCCUUAUGUCAUUCUUAACAAAACUGGUCUCGAUGUUCAGAUAAAAUCAAAAUUAUUCCUACAACAAGCAAAAGUAGCAGCAGGUCAAUUUUCUAUUGAACACACAAAAAAAGCUGUUCCAUAUAUGUUUUCAUAUGGUAAUCAUGAUAGAAAAAAUAGAGCAUUAAUUAAAAUUGGAAAUUCAAAUUGGAGUAAACCUCAAAGCUUCGAAGCUAUUGGAAGUGUAUCAGAAGUUGUUCUUGGCUCACCUGAGCAAAAAGAGAUACAUAUUGGCAUCGUGGUUAAAGAAGGAGAAGGAAAGUACACAUUAACAAAAAUUAUUAGUCUAACACCAAGAUUUAUUAUUAAAAGUGGUCUUGACGAAGAUAUUAGUAUAAAGCAACCUAAAUCAUCAAACAUAAUGACAUUAUAUUCUUUACAAAAAAUGCCAUUAUAUUUCAUGGAACAAGCUUCUGAAAAACAAUUAAUUCUGUGUUUUCCAGGAAAAAAUAAUGAAUGGUCAUCACCAUUUAAUAUUCAAAAUUUAGGAAAAAUUCACGUAAAACUAUCAAAGUAUAAACAAAAUCAACAACUUAUUAGAGUUGAAAUAAUGCUAGAAGAAGCAACAGUAUUUAUUCAUUUACUUCUAGAAAAAAAUAAUUGGCCAUAUUCUAUUCGUAAUGAAAGCGAUGUUGCUUUUACUUUUUAUCAACCAAAUCACCAUCUUUCAAUAGAUAACAGCGGAAAAAAAUCCAAAUCACCUCAUUGCAAUAUAAAAGCAUAUUUCAUUCCAGCAAAAAGUAUAAUGCCUUAUUCAUGGGAUUAUCCAGCUUCAAAAAAUAAAGAACUAGUAUUCUCAGCAAAUGGAAAAGAAAGAACAGUACGGUUGUCAGAAAUAGGAGAAUUAAUUCCUAUGAAAAUACCUGUAAGUAAUGGAUUAUAUAAAACUAUUGAUAUUAGCGUUGUUGCUAAUGGGCCAUCACAAACAUUAAUACUAAAAAAUUAUUGCGAAAAUGAAAGUAUUUAUAAGCCUAAAACAAGUAUUUUACAAAACACUUCAACACUAACAAGUAAUAUUUACUAUAAAGAAGGAUUUGAAGUAAUUAAUUUUAAUGAUAAUAUUACAUGCAAAAUAGAAAUUAAAUUAGAAGGAAUUGGCAUUUCUAUAAUAAACAAUCGUCCUCUUGAACUAUGUUAUAUUACGCUUAGGGAUUUAAAUUUAAAAUUUAGCGAUUCUCCUUUAUAUCAGAAUUUUGAUAUUAUUGUCAAAUGGAUUCAAAUCGAUAAUCAAUUGUACGGGGGCAUUUAUCCAAUAAUACUAUAUCCCAGUGUAAUUCAAAAAACAGGCAAGGAAUUAGAUACACAUCCAUCAUUUCAUUUAUCAAUAAUCAAAGUGAAAGAUGACUCUUAUGGAGUUAUAUAUGUAAAAUAUGCAACAUUACUUAUCCAAGAAAUGACACUAGAAAUUGAUGAAGAUUUUCUCUUUGCUUUGCUAGAAUUUACAAAACACAUUGGACAAUCCGAUUUAGAACAAGAAAACGAAAUACUUUGUGAUGAAAAUCUUGAAAUUCCAGAACCUCAAAAAAAUACAUCAGGAACCGAAAUAUAUUUUGAAGUAUUACAUAUUCAACCAGCUCAACUAAACCUUUCUUUUGUCAGAACUGAAAGAGUAAACGUGGAAGACAAAACAUCUUCAAAGAAUCCAUUUUUAUUUUUCUUAAAUAUUUUAACAAUGGCUAUUGGGAAUAUAAAUGAUGCCCCUGUCCGUUUAAAUUCUUUAUUAAUGGAAAACGUUUUAACAUCAUUACCAUUAUUAUUACAGCAUAUGCAAAGCCAUUACGGUCAAGAUUUUUUUCACCAAAUUCAUAAAAUUCUUGGCUCAGCGGAUUUUCUUGGCAAUCCCGUUGGCUUAUUUAAUACAGUAAGCUCUGGUGUUAUAGACAUAUUUUAUGAACCAUAUCAUGGUUUUGUAAUGAAUGAAAAUCCGCAUGAGCUUGGAUUUGGACUUGUUAAAGGAACAGCGAGCUUUGUAAGGAAAACAGUUUUCGGUAUUACUGACAGUGUAUCAAAAUUUACUGGAAGUAUCUCAAAAGGUCUUUCAAUGGCAACAAUGGACAAGAAAUUCCAAAAUUACAGAAGAAUAACUCAAGGACGAAAUAAACCAAAACACGCUUUAUAUGGUGUUACAGCUGGAGCAAAUUCUUUUGUUACUAGCAUAGCAAGUGGCGUAGAAGGCCUUGCUAGAAAACCUUUAGAAGGUGUGGAAAAAGACGGAGCAGCAGGCUUUUUCAAAGGGAUAGGAAAAGGCAUAAUUGGGCUCGCUACUAAACCUGUUGUUGGAAUCUUUGAUUUAGCAAGUAAUGUUACAGAAGGAAUUCGUAAUACUACAACAGUUUUUGAUUCAGAGGGAAUUGAUAAAGUCCGCUUAACAAGAUUUAUUGGAAAAGAUGGUGUCAUAAAACCAUAUUCUCAAAGAGAAGCUCUUGGUUUAUUUUUAUUAAAACAAAUAAAUAAUGGUCGAUACUUUGAUGAAGAAUAUUUAGCACAUUUAAAUAUUCUUGAUGAUACAAUAUUAAUGAUUACAUAUACAAGAAUAAUGAUAGUAAAAUCUCGAAAACUUUGUAUUGAAUGGGAAAUUCUUCUUAGUGAUAUACAAACUAUAUCUCUUAAAAAAUCAGGGAUUGUUUUAGUUUUAAGAGAUAAAACUAGUUGUCCUUUUAUUCCUAUCGAUUCUACUACUAGCCAAAAAUUUAUAUUUACUAAAAUUGGUAUUGCGGUACAAGAAUAUAAUAAAAAAAAUAAACCUGUUAUCUAA